CAUAGCAGAGGUGAAAUACCGAGCACACUACACCUUCUAUAUGCUGAAGUACUUUGUUCCGGAAUGUUCGGGAUCACGUUGUGUGUUUGGUAAAACUACAGGUAGCACAACAUUGUCACCUGCCACCAAAACAACACAGUUGUCAACUUCUGGUGAAACAACUGUUAUGACAAAUACUGCCACCAUAUUGCUGUCUAACGAUCUUUCCACAGCGCCGUCUACAGCUAAUCCUUACAUUGGAAUGACAGUGGACCACUAUCAAGUAGGUUCCCAACUCUUCACCUAUACUGCUGGUAAAGCCUAUUGUGACACCGAGAAUGGAGCCCUUUUCAUGCCAAAAAGUCAAAUGAUCCAUGACUUUAUAGGAGACUGGCUUAACACAAACUUCAACACCCACCGUUACUGUUGGAUAGGUGUUAACGACAAUAUGACCACAGACACCUACAUGUUCCUGGAUGGUACGGAAGUGACAGGGUUUUUCUGGACACCAUCUCACAUGUCAGAUGGUGUCCAGUCCUGUGUGGCUAUGGACAGAGACCAAGGUUACGAUUGGGUGGAACUGCCAUGUACGGAGGAACAUUUUGCUGUCUGUCAGAUAUGGGAAGUACAGGGCACAACAGUUACGCCUGGUUCUUCUACAACACAGUUGACUGGACCAUCAACUGCGAAUCCUUAUGUUGGAAAGACAGCAGCCACAUAUCAAACAAGUUCCGAACUCUUCACCUAUACUGCUGGUAAAGCCUAUUGUGACACCGAGAAUGGAGCCCUUUUCAUGCCAAAAAGUCAAAUGAUCCAUGACUUUAUAGGAGACUGGCUUAACACAAACUUCAACACCCACCGUUACUGUUGGAUAGGUGUUAACGACAAGAUGACCACAGACACCUACAUGUUCCUGGAUGGUACGGAAGUGACAGAGUUUUUCUGGACACCAUCUCACAUGUCAGAUGGUGUCCAGUCCUGUGUGGCUAUGGACAGAGACCAAGGUUACGAUUGGGUGGAACUGCCAUGUACGGAGGAACAUUUUGCUGUCUGUCAGAUAUGGGAAUGAAACCAGGAUAUUAUUUGUAUAAUUUUAGUGGAGUCUUUAAACUCUAUAUACAGAGUGAUUCACAGAUAAUACGACACCUUUGAUCCGUCUUAAAAGUAAUUUUUAUUAGGUCCUUAUAAGUCCGUUUGGCUGCAGCAGCAUUUCUCAUGACAAAAACAAACAAACAAAUUUUUAUUUAGUUAUCCGGAUAUAUAUAUUUUCUACAUGUUCUAGGACCAUGUUAUAUCACCAUGUUUAGAUCAUGUAACAAUUAUAGAUAUUUUGGAGUCACCCUGUUUAGAUCAUGUAAUAUUUAUAGAUAUUUUGGGGUGUAUAUUAUAUUAGUUGAAUACACUAAUGUUUUCAAUCGCAUGAAUCUGUUGAAUUCACUACUUUUAACAAUUAAUAAUUGAUGUGUAGAUUAUAAUAGUUGAUUAAUAAUUGAAGUGUAGAUUAUAAUAGUUGAUUACACUAAUGUUUUUCACCUCAUGAAUCUGUUGAAUUAAUUACUUUGAAUAAUUAAUCAUUGGUGUGUAGAUUACAAUAGUUGAAUACACUAAUGUUUUUCACCUCAUGAAUCUGUUGUAUUAAUUACUUUGAAUAAUUAAUCAUUGGUGUGUAGAUUAUAAUAGUUGAAUACACUAAUGUUU